AUGGUGAGAAUUGAAGACAACGCCGAUCUAGUUCCGGUUGAGGAAUCUCCUGUUCUCCGCGAAAAAGGCCUGACGACCAAUACGAUUCUCGAUUCUGAUGGCAAGCCUAUAAAAGCAGGUGAAUGGGUCAAGCAGAGAGUUAUUAAGAAUCUUGGAACAUCUACAGCCGAGGAAGGUGAUAAUGAAGUUGACACUGUCGAGAUUGUCAAGGGUGUUUCUGUCAAAUAUUUUGAUUAG